CACUGAAAAAAAAAAGGGUAAAUAAGAAAAACAAAACACAUCUGUAAGCGGAGAAGUCUCAAGUGACAACUGUAUCUCAUUCCCACGCCCCCAGUGCCUACCUAGUCCCAUGCAUAGCAAUGAGGUUGUGGGAAUGAAUGAACAAAUGAAUGAAUGAAUGAAUGAGUUGGGAGACUAUAAAAGUUUGGGUUCAGCCAAGAUAAAACUACGUUGCUUGGAGUUUGGGAGUUCAAGGUCAGUUUAAGAUUGUGGCCAUGCAAGCUUGAGGAUUUUUUGCUUUAAGUCCUGUUAAAAUUAAUUAAAUUAGAGACCAGGCCCAAAGAGUCCCUGAGCAGACAAAAAUCAGUCAGGCCUUAUAAGUGACCUCAACCUUGCUUGAUUUGCAAACAUCAGUGAAACUUAACUUGAGCUAUUUCUUGUAAAUGUGUAUAUUAAGGAAGAACAGGACUUAAGCUCCACCAGUCAGAAGAAGCCAAUGAACUUAUAUAAAUAAGUAGGGUCUUUCCAACAGGCUAGGGCAAAUAGGGGAACUGUAUAACGGUAGCCAAUUAAAUGUUUUCUUCGCUUUACUUGUCCUGUGGGAGCCUUCCCCUUGUGUCCCGCCAGUGGAGCUCCUCCGCCUGUUCUGUUUGGAGCUGCCUGAUUCAUGAAUUGUUGUUCGCUCAAAUAAUCCGUUUAAAAUUUUAUUGUGCCUCAUUUUACUUUUUGACAGUCCCAUCUAAGGAGUAGAAACGUAGCACUGGUGAGUAGGGGGAGCAUACAUAACCAUGGGGGGGUCCAACUGGACUCCCACACACUGAAGGAGCAGGUGACACAGCUACUGGUCUGGGCCUUGGAGUAAGUGAAGGGUGUGGUCUUGGGCCAAGUGCUGGGUCAUUUCCACCGGAGCUGUUGGCUGUACAGGCGAGAUAGGGUUGAGCAGGAGGAAGUGGAGGGGGCUUGCCUGUGUGCUGACGGAGGCUGGAGGCACGGGAGGAAAGGGCUCUUGAGGUGAGGUGGAUGAGGGGAAGCCCUGCGGUGGCUUUAGGAAGCCUGUGGGAGGGACUAGGAGUGUAGAGGGAGCUGGUGGUGAGUAGAGACGACAGGAGGAGAGGCAGAGAGAGGGAUAGAGACAGGAGAUGCAGGGGUAGGGCAGAGGAGGGGCCGCUGGGGUGUGCGUGUGAGUGUGUGUGUGUGUGUGUGUGUGUGUGUGUAAGAGAGAAAGUGAGACUAUGUGUGUGAGUGUGAGUGUAUGUGCAUGCACACCCAUGUAUGAGAGCACAGGAAGCCCUCCCUCAACCCAAACUUUGUGGGAAACCAAAAAGAUUUCAAGUAAGCCUGUAAGAGGUUAUUUGCAAGAGUGAACACAAGGGACUAUUCUGAGCAGACAGAAGCCUGGCAGAGAGAGAGAGGAAGGAACAGAAAGAAUACAUCUGCAACAAAUGAAUGAAUUAGAGUUUAUGAGAAUUUCUGUGUGAAUGUGUGUAUGUAAGAAACUAGAGUUCACGAUUUCCACCUCAUUUUGAGAGCCUGCACUGCUGGGUCUCUCAGCCUGGAGGAUUCAAAGAAAAUCCGUACCUGAGGUUCCAGGAGCCUCACCCCAGUCCCCUAGCUGGAUCCUGGUGACCAGUUCCUGGGGGAGGUUGGGGAGGGCUGGGAGCUCUCUUUCUGUUAGCUGUCUUUGGGCUGGAGCCUGAAGUUUCGAGGAAAAGAGCAGGAAUAGCUGCCAGCACCGCCCUCAAAAUAGGCUCAAUGAACCCCUGCGGUUGGCUGGGGGCAGUGGGUCCCACACUGCCUCACUUCCGUAAAUGGGCAACUUCAUUUUUAGAACCCCAGGUCCUUCCCUGGCAGGCCCAGAUGGCAUGUCCUGUGUCGGCUGGGGCCUCACCUUGGAUCCCGGGGAUGCGCUGGCCCCUUGCUGGGCCUGUGACUGCCCAGCUGGAUGGAUUCAUGGUCCCUGCGCUCCUGCUGCUGCAGCGGCCACAGGGCUGCAUUUCAGGUCCCCCCGCUGAGAGCGCAUACACAAAAGUGAGGCUCCUUGUCGGGGAGACUCUGUCUGUGCUGUGCUCCUACAAGGGCUACAGAAACCGUGUGGAUGGCAAGGUUUGGUGCAAAGUCAGGAGGAGGAAGUGUGAGCCUGGCUUCACCCGAGUGUGGGUGAAGGGACCCCGUUACUUGCUGCAGGACGAUGCCCAGGCCAAGGUGGUCCACAUCACCAUGGCGGCCCUCACGCUCCAGGACUCUGGCCGAUACUGGUGCAUGCGCAACAGUUCCGGGACCCUGUAUCCCAUGCUGGGCAUCCAGCUGGACGUGUCUCCAGGUGGAAAGCUGGUGCAGGAAAAUAUCAGCCAAUACAUGUGCCAUAGUAGGGGACAGUCCCAGGACAGUGGCAUGGGAGCCUCGAUACUUCAUCCAGGAUGAUCACUUCUAUGGCAACUUCACCGUCACCAUGACUGAGCUCAGAGAAGAGGCCUCAGGGUUCUAUGGGUGUGGAAUCUCUCAAUCCCCUGAGAUCUCAUUCAUCAGAAACAUCUGCCUGGUGGUAUCUCAAGGUCUCUUAGGUACUCCUGCCUCCAAUGUGAAUCCUACCCAGAACAUGCCUCAGACUCCCACAGUUCUUACUACCCGCUAAGGCCCUGAGCCCACUGUACAUCAGCCCAAAAACCAUGACCCAACCUCCACCCAAGUCAACUGCUGAUGUCUCCACUCCUGGUCCACAGUCAACAAUAAAAAUGGGACAAAUGUCAUAUGAUUUCCCAGCCUCUGGGCCCUGGAUUUGGACACUGAGCCGGUUGUUCCCCAGUCAGUGUGCUGAGAGGUUGAGGGAGUGAGAGAAAGGGGAGGGUGGGGCAGGAGCAGACCUGAGUCACAUUAGUCUGGGUAGAAAUGUCCAGGGAAGAAGGAAGUGGUGAUGGAGAAUAGGAGAGGCUCUCUCUCAGUCAGGCUGUCCUCCCCAGUUCACCUUCCUUGCUUUCUUGCAACCUGAGUAUUAAGGAGAGGGUAAUGGCAUCUUCCCCAUAUUCCAGUGGACCCCAUCCAACCCCAGGGGCUGGAUGGGUAGUGGGAAAGCAGUCUCUGAGUGAGGGACCCUGGAUCUAGUGUCAGCCUGACUGACUGACUGUGACUUUGUGUGAGUCAGGAGCCCUCUCUGGCUUCAGCUUCCUUGUCAAUUCAAUAGGCAUGCUAGAAGCCCAGAGCUGAAGACAUUGUCCACCUAAUAGCUCUCAGCAGGAGCCACAUGUUAGCACUAAAUGCAGCAUUGGUUUUUGCUUUGUUUGGUUAGUUUUUUAAAAAAGAAUACUGAUGUGUGUGCUCUCAUACACAGACCAAUAGAAUCGGAAUUUCUGGAAAUAAAGCCCAUCUCAGUACUUUUUAAUAAACACCUCAGAAAGAAAUUCAGAGAGGAAAGGACAAACAAACUGAGGAAUGAGAAAGAAUAAAAACUCUAUCUUUUGAAAUAAAAAAAUUUAAUGUGAUUUUUCCCUUUAAGAAGAAAAAUCUGCAUUAAUUAAAUGAAAACUAUCAUCCAAGCUACUUAAGUAUAAAAGCACAUUGUGCUAUAAAAUAUUUAAUCUGUAUUAAUAAGAAGCUAAGCUUAUAACAAGAAACUGAAUGCUUCUCAGUUGACUACUUACAUUGAGGCAAAAGUCUAUAAAGCAGCAUUUCCUAUGAUGGUGGAAGGUUCUCUGUCCCUGUCCAACAUGGAUAGCCACUAGGCAUGUGUGAUAAUUGAGCACCUGACCUGAGACAAGUGAGAGUGAAGGACUGUAAUUUCUAUUUAUCAUUUAAUUUUUGUUAAUUUAAAUGUAAAUAGCCCCUUUGACAAAACUUUGGGAGUGUUUUAAGGCAACUUUAGGACUUAUUGAGAAGUUUGUUUGAAAGUAGGUCUUUCAAAGCAGGGGCUGGGCUAUGAUUAAGUAAGGAUCACAAUCAAACAGUACAGGAUUGGUAGAAACAAUAAGAUGAGGUUCCUUUUUUUUUUUUAACUUUAGAUUCUGGAGUACAUGUGCAGGUCAUGUAGGGUUGUUGCAUAGGUGCAUACAUAACCAGGUGGUUUGCUGCCUCUAUUCCCCCUUUGAUUA